AAACUGCAGAUGAUAUUCUGGAAGUAUCUAUGGAUCGACAGUUUGGACAGUUUCAGCGCGUGUCUCCGCCAUUGCCGAUAACUGUCCGCUCCUUCCGCCGCCCAGAACCUCUAUAAAAUCACCCCAACCGCCACCGGGAAUCCAUGGCCGCCUGUGUAUUGCUGAAACGCGCGUUAUCGAUUCGACCAGUCAUGGCAUCUUCCCAGUCCUUCUCCUCUCUCACCGUCGGUACCGAUCUGAUUUCCGCCGCGCCGGACGUCUCCCUUCAGAAGGCCCGCACUUGGGACGAGGGGAUGUCUUCCAAGUUCGCCACUACUCCAAUUAAGGAGAUUUUCAAGGAUAAGAAGGUCGUCGUCUUUGGCCUUCCUGGUGCAUACACCGGAGUUUGUUCUUCGGCGCAUGUCCCGAGCUAUAAAAACAAUAUCGACAAAUUCAAGGCGAAGGGAGUUGAUUCGGUGGUAUGUGUGGCUGUGAACGAUCCCUUUGUUAUUCAUGCCUGGGCAGAAAAGCUUCAGGCUAUGGACGCCAUUGAGUUUUACGGAGAUUUUGAUGGGAGCUUCACGAAAAAGCUUGGCUUGACGGUCGAUUUAUCUUCUGCUUUACUCGGGCAUCGCUCUAAUAGGUGGUCGGCCUAUGUAGUAAAUGGUAAGGUUCAAGUUCUUAACGUGGAGAAGGCAGCAUCCGAGAUUAAUGUUUCGGGGGGAGAAGCUAUGCUCGGACAGAUUUAAUUAACUAACAUAUCUAGUGUUUUUUUUUUUUUUUCUUCGGUGAUCUAUUCUGGUUUUGGUUCUCUUUCUGGUUCGACUUUAAAUCUUUGACAGAUAUAUAUAUAUAUAUGUAUGCAUAAUAUGAUCCUAAUACUUAUAGGUUCCAAUGGGGACUCCUUUUUCCGGGACAAAUUUGUUGGCGUUAUUAUGUACUACUGUAUGUAAUAAGAAAUACAUAUGCUGAAGAUUUCUA